AUGACUUCAGCAACAGAUUUGAAAAAUAAAGGCAAUCAGUUUCUCCAAGAAGGAAAAUUUGAAGACGCCAUUAAUUGUUAUACCAGUGCAAUUGAACAAGAUCCCAAUAAUCAUGUUCUUUAUAGCAACAGAUCUGCUGCCUACGCGAAGCUGGGAAAAUUUGAGGAGGCUCUUAAAGAUGCUGAUGAGUGUAUUAAACUGAAUGAUUCAUGGGCAAAAGGCUACACUCGAAGAGGUGCUGCUCUUGAGUUCCUCAAACGAUACUCUGAGGCCGAAGGAGCUUAUGCAAAAGCUAGCCAGCUUGACCCCAACAACGAAAGUAUUAUGCACAGUCUCCUUAAUGUCAGGGGUUACAUUGUUUUCGCUGGUCUGAAAAGCCGUGCCCUUAACCACCCUGAAUUGAAGGAAUAUGCGAAGGACCCAAGCUACUUAAAAACUCUUGAGUUGAUUGAAUCCAAUCCAAGCUUGCUUAACGUACUCAUGAAGGAUGAAAAAAUUUUGAAGACUGUAUCUGUCCUUCUGGGUGGGCCUGAAGCUAUGGAGACCGAUGAAUGUGAGAAUAAUUGUUGUCAGCAUAAAGAAUCAGCUCCUGCUCCGACUCCUAAGAAGGAACCUGAAACGGAAAAGCCAACAAUUUCUGAAGAACAGGCUGCUGCAUUAAAGGAAAAGGAAUUAGGAAAUGCUGCUUACAAAAAGAAAGACUUCCAAACUGCUAUAGCCCAUUACGACAAAGCUCUUGAACUCUAUCCAAAUGAUGUCACUUUUCUGACCAACAAAUCCGCCGUCUUUUUUGAAAUGGGUGACUUUGCUGAGUGUAUUAAGGUCUGUGAGAAGGCGGUCGAUUUAGCUCGUGAUCUGCGGGCUGAUUUCAAAUUGGUUGCUAAGGCGCUUUUUAGAAUCGGUCGUUGUUAUGAGAAACAGGAUGAUUUGACAAACGCAAAGAAGUACCUUGAUAAGGCUCUCUCAGAACACCGAUCUCCGGAGAUUAUAAAAGCUGCUCAAGCUUUGGACAAGAAAAUAAAGGAGAUGGAACGAAAAGCCUACAUCGAUCCCGAGUUGGCAGAGCAGGAAAAGCAGCUUGGAAAUGCCGCUUUUUCAAAAGGUGAUUUUCCUACUGCCAUGAAGCACUACAAUGAAGCUAUUAAAAGAAAUCCUGAUGAUGCAAAGCUCUAUAGCAACCGAGCUGCUUGUUAUUCAAAACUCAUGGAAUUCGCAUGUGCGUUGAAGGACUGUGAAUCUUGUAUAAAACUUGAUCCAACUUUCAUCAAGGGAUAUCUUCGUAAAGCUUCCUGUCUUUUGGCUAUGAAGGAUAUCGCUGGUGCGAGAGGUGCCUAUAGAAAGGCGCUGGAAUUGGAUCCCAACUGCUCCGAGGCUCGUGAUGGGCUGUUGCAGAGCAUGGCCACUGAACCCGAUGAGGAGGCAGCUCGUCAGAGGGCGGCAAAUGACCCAGAAGUCCAAGCAAUCCUCUCUGAUCCCGCUAUGCGCUUGAUUCUUAAUCAAAUGAACGAAGACCCUAGUGCUCUUCGUGAGCAUCUCAGAAAUCCCGAUAUUGCUGCAAAACUCACUAAGCUCAUUGAUGCUGGUAUCAUUGCUCUGCGCUAA